AUGAACUUUUCUCUGAGAGGUAGUGGUUUUUUCUUUCGUAGAUCGAAGGAAUUAUUGAAUAUUGCUGGUAAUAAACGCUCAGUUACGACCGGUGUUUCUACGGUAAACUUAAGAAACGUGAUCAAGUUAAGUCUUUAUGGUGCAGGAAUCGGGACAAUAAUUGGUGGAAGCUACUCAAUUUACAAACUAAAUAAGCCUCGAGCACACAUCCUCAAUAGGGAGACUAACUUACCAUUACUAGAAGAGGCCCCGGACGUUACAGUAUCACGCAAGGUUCAAGUAGCCAACGAUCAAAGUGGGCUCAAACUUACAUUGUACCAGUACCAAACUUGUCCAUUUUGUUGUAAAGUACGGGCCUUUCUAGAUUACCAUGGAAUUUCUUACGAUGUCGUCGAAGUUGAUCCCGUACUCAGACAGUCAGUCAAAUGGUCGACUUAUAAGAAGGUUCCUAUUCUGCUAGCGCAAGUCGACAAUGGCUAUCAAAUAUUUCAAGACAGCUCUAUGAUUGUAUCUGCCCUCUCAUCGUAUAUUAGGGAACGUGGUCGAGAGCUGCAGGACAUUACAAAAUCUUACCCUCAAAUUUCAUUUAUUGACGAAAAUGGGACAACAAAAAACGAAAUCAUGAAUAGGUACUUUCUAAUGUACGACCAACCGGAGUUGAAGGGGUUAAAUACGAAAGAAGUUAAUGAGGAACGAAAGUGGAGGAAAUGGGCAGACGAUGUUCUUGUCCACACCCUUUCACCCAACGUUUAUCGCACCUUAGACGAAGCAGUUCAGUCGUUUACAUGGUUUUCCCACGUAGGCGAAUGGGACAAGCACUUUCCAGCGUGGGAGCGAUAUUUCAUAAUAUACGUUGGUGCAUUUGCAAUGUGGAUGAUUGGAAAACGUCUUAAAGCGAGACACAAUCUUAAGGACAACGUGCGGAUAUCGUUAUAUGAUGAGUGUAAUUACUUUGCCAGGGAAGUUAAAGUGAAAGGUACACCGUUUAUGGGCGGAGGAAACCCUAAUUUGGCCGAUUUGGCGGUUUAUGGUAUUUUGAGUAGUAUUGAAGGCUGUGCCGCAUUUCAAGAUGCUUUAAAUAAUUCUAAUAUAAAAAGUUGGUACUUCAGAAUGAAAACUGUUGUAAACGAACACCAAGGCAGUCAAUUUGUUUGA